AUGUUUACAUCAAACAAAACUGCAGUUGAAAAUUCCUAUGACUGCAAUGGAGAAUGUCUAGGAAAACUGAUAAAAAGCACGAGCGAAAUGCUACUGCUUAAGGUAUUUUUUAUUUAGUUUCAAGAAGUUCUGCAAACAGAAAGGGUGAUGAUGAUGGAAAUGAUAAAUCAAGAUUCCAAUAAGGAUGCUCUUUUAUUACAAUUAGUAAACAAAGCAGAAGAGUUGAACCGAGAAAAUGCUGUUUUAGCAUUGGAAAAUAAAGGAUAUAAAGAAAUAUUAAAUAAUUGGAAAAGAUAUGCCAAUUUCCUUAAAUAAGAAAUUUAUAAUAAUCUACCUGCAAAAAAAAAAGAGAUUAAUUAUAUGAUGAAGUAUAA